UACAUAGAACAUUCACUUUUAUAGCUGAAUUGGUUUCUUUAUACUUGAACAAGGAUCAACCAUUAUUAAUAUCUUCGCAUAGUGUUAUCUAAAGUGUCAAACCAAUUAAAUUAAUAUGUUUAGAACAGGUUUAUUGGUAACCAAGAAAUUCACAAGUAUUCUUGAUGUUGUUCAUGCAUCUAGAUUUCGACCAACCUAUAGAAGAUUAACGAGAAAUAGUCCAAUUAUGUCAGCAGAUAAACUAAGAAAUGGUUAUUGGAUAAAUCAUAUUGGUCAGCAAUUGUUCAGCACCAAUAGCAACACAAGCACAAAUACAAAGAGGGUAAAUAAUGUCAAGAUUAAACCACAAGUUACUACUUCUUCAAGCUCCAAGUUCCCUACAUGGCUAAAAUGGAUUAUGAGCUCUCUACUUUCCCUUUUCCUACCUAUAUGGAAACAUGAUUAUGAAAAAGUAAAGAGAAUAGAAGGUGAAUUUGUGGUUGAAGAAGUUGAAAAGGUAGCAAUAGUGGCAGAGAAGGUAUGUGAAGAAGUGGCAGAGAAGUUUCCUGAGGAUGGUAAGUUAAAGAAAGCAACUUUGAUGGUAGAAUGUGUAUCAAAACAUGUUGCUCAUCAUGCUCAAUUAACAAAGGAGUUUGUACACAAGGUUGAUGAAUUCAAGAAUGACCUUGAUGGUUUGGAGUCCUUCUUUGAACCCUUAUUCUACAAGGUAAUGAAAAAAGAAUCUGAGAGGAAAUGAUGCCAAAUUAAAGUUGUAUUUUCCUCUGCUUUUACUUUGUACAUAUUAACCUUUUACUUUUUGUACACACAAUCCUUUGUGCAUAUACAUUUUCUUUGUAU